AUAUAAAGGCAGAAAUGAAUGUUGCUUGGGUUGUAUUUGUCUCUGUUAGAUAUUGGACCCAGGACACUCUACGGUAUAUUUCUCAUCAAGGCUGCAGUCUUGGAAUAUCUCUUUUGGGGUAGUGUGCAAUAAAAUAUCUUUACAUAUCUAAUCUCAAAACUAGAAAUCUCAAAUGGCACUAUGACCCAGAUUGUACUGUCUGCAGAUGCACUCUUUCUGUCCUUUGUGAAUAUUAAUUUUGCUGAUAUUUUGAUUGGAUCUUUUUCUCAUGUUUUGUUUGCCUUGUCUCUCUGUCUCUAUUCCCAAUGCUAUACUUGGCAAAAACAGUGUCAUGCUUGGCAUUUUAAAGCCAUUUUCCAGCUACAGCCUGCACAGCUGUGGGAGAAACAGAAGGAGGCGGAUCUGGCAAGGAAAAAAGUUCCUUUGCUCCAUGUGAGGAAAUAGGAAGAUGAAAACAUGCUCCACCCGCCUUUUCACAGCCAGCCGUACCCUCUGUCUUCCAACCCAGUCCUGGCAAAUGAAACUCCCUGAUUUCUGGUGGUGCUUGGCGUGACAUAUAAAAGACUUGGAGUUUUCCUUUCCAGAGACCUUACUUCACUAACAACACUGAAGUGUUCCUGGCUUUGCAAAUAAGUGACUCCUGACUGGGAAUGUUUCUCCUGCAAAUUCUUCUCCAGUCUUGGGCUCUCUAUCACUGGGCAUACGGUGAAGAAACUCAUACCUUCAUCAUGACAUUGACUGCCAACUUUUCAAAAGAAAACUCUGCGAAAUUUGUAGGCAAUGCCAUCCUAAAUGGGAUAAUGACCCAUAGCUUGGAGGGUAAUACUAAACAACUGAAUGUGAGCCAGCUGUCACCAUUAGAGGCAUCCAACCAAUGGGAACAGACAGAAAGCAAACUGCACCAAUAUCUACAGAGCUUCCAGGGAAUGGUUGCUGUACUCUCAAAGGAAAAGGUCAUAUCCUAUCCCAUAUCCCUAUAUUGCACAAAGGGGUGCGAAGUGUCGGAAAAUGGCACCAGAAGCUUCUACAAGAUUUCGCUGAAUGGGAAUGAUUUCCUGAAAUUUCACACAAAGAGUAAUAACUGGGAAGGUUUAGCUAACACUUUGGUGGCCAAGUAUACUAGUCAGAAGCUGAAUCAAUUCCAAGAGACAACUACCAAUCUACAGUUCUUCCUAGAAAAAACAUGUGUCAACUUUCUAAGGAUGCAUACUAACAACAAAGAAGCCAUUACUGGGCAGCAUGAAGGACCUUCACACACUCCGCUGGUGAUAGGCAUCAGUAUGGGUGCUCUUGCUCUAGUGGGAUUAGCUGUGUGCCUAUUCUUGUGCACAGGUGGGAAGAGAUAGCAGAAGCACUGACACACAAAUGAACUAUCAGCUUUCUUGGUUUCUCAAUGGAGCCUAUUGGAAGACAAACACGCAGGACUCAUAAGUGUGUGGGGAAACAGAACGCCACAAUGAAAAAUAUAGGCAUCUUGUAUCUAUCUCAACAAAUGAUUGCCUUUUCUCCUUUACAGAAACUUCAGCUCAAGUUCCCACCUAACCAGAGUUCAUUCAUUACUUUGAGUCAGUCACUUUCAACUCAACUCAACCCAAUAUGCUAGUUUUCAUACGACAUUGUAUUUUAUCAUACUGAGAGCACCAGGUUAGAGACCAGGAGACUAAGUUCUAGUCUGCCUGAUAUGAAAGCCAGCUGGGUGAAUCUGGGAAGUCACUCUUUCUCAGCCACAAUGUUGAGUUCAGGAGAUCAAUGCAUCAACACUUGGUUGAUCUGGAAAGAAGCAGACGUUCUUUUGUAGGCAAUUUUUUUGUGUAGGAAAGCAGGAAUUUUUUUUUAUCAUGCUGUAUCAGUGUAUACCUGUUUUUUCCUAUUGUGCUGAUUUUUUAUUGUGACCAUGUUGUAUUUUAUUAUAUUCUAUCAGCAAUUUUUUAAUUUGCACUGUACUGAUACCCCAUUUUGGGGAGGUAUUUAACAAUCGGAUUUGCAUGUUCUUUUAUUCCUUUAUCCUUCAGGCAAAUACAGUAUAAAAAUCUAGAAUGCCUGAAUUUUUUUUUUGUUUCUUUCUAUGUUCAUCAUGAAAAAUUUUAGGCAUCCCUGAUCAGACCACAUUAGAGUUUUAACAAAGGAAAUACAUUGAUUGUAAUAUAAUACACUUCAGUUGAUUUUGGGUGGCUCUUUCUAUACUUCCUUCCAUUCCUAUAGUUCCAAAGACAAUUUAUGAUGAUAAAUCCAGUGAUGUGAGAAAUCUUAUAAGCCUGUGGACCUUUAAGAACAUUCAGAAUUAGAAACUGUAUGUUUUAAAUUUAAUUGGGACACACUAGAAAUAAUGCUUCUCUCGAGAGAUUUUUAUAGAAUGUCUUCAGAAUUUUACUAGAAAUUAGGAUUCCAUUAUUUUUUCUGGAUGCUUAGGACUACAGUAUGUACCAAGAAACCAUGAGAUAACUCCAUGCAUUUUACCCUCAUAACACUGAGCAGCAGCCAACAAUUGUGAAACUGUUUCCUGUUCAUCACUUCUAAGUGCUCUAAAGAUCCCCCAAAAGUUCUCAGAUAAUUAAGGAUCUUAUUAGCUGUUCACUAGAAUUUAGACCUUGGGCUUUCAGUUAUGAGCUCGCAUAAUCAUAUAUUUAAAUAUAGUUACAUUUUUUUUUUAAAAAAAAGUAUUUUACCUGUCUGUUUCAUUUGUAGAACUUAUAGUUCUUUUAAAAAAAAGAAAGAAUAGCAAAAUUGGCUGGAUGUUUUUUAUAAAGUUAUUCCAAUCUAUGCACAGUUUGUGGCUAUUUAUUUUACUGCUGGCCUUUUUCUAGCUCUCUAUUCAUAUAGUGACUUCAUCAGUUCCAUCCAUUAUAAUACAAUGCUGCUGGUAAAUAUCAGUGGGCUGGUUUUCCAGCUUAAACAAAACAAUUUCAUUUUCAGUCAAAGAAAUAAACAUUAUUUACUGCUAGGUCAUUCUUGAGACUAAGAGGCUGAUCAAAGGGUCAGAAACUGCAGCCAUCUUUUCAGUAGAUAUAUAAAUAUGAUAGUUCAAAAU